GGUGGCUGCACGCUUCCAAAAUCACGUCCCUCGUCCCUGCCCGCCGGAAAUCAUCCUCCAUGGAUCUCGACACCGAUAAUCCUCCCCCCGCGAGGGAGACACAUUCCUCCUCCAUCACCCCUACGCCGGGCAAUCCCGCGCCCGAGAGGGGUGCUUCGCAUGUACCGGUGGCAGCGGGAGAUGCUUUGGCGGGAGAUGCUUUGGGCGGUUCGAGCGCGGGAGGGACGAAGGAUGGGCAGGAGGGUUUGUCAGCGAACAAGCCGAAAAAGUUCAAACUCGAUCCGAUGUCGUUGCUUCUGCCGCAUGAACGGCCCAAGCCGUCGCCGCCUGGUGCGAUUGCGCCGACUCGGCCUCUGGCGUCUCAUGGGAAUCACAGUCAGGGGCAGGGGCAGGGAGCGUAUUUGGGGGUGCAGAAGCUUCAUUCGGGGCAUGUCUCGCCGGCGGGGGCCGGGAGGACGGGUUUGCAGGCUGGAGCAAGUCGAGAAGCGGCAAACGCACCACCACCGAAUCCCCCACAACAACUCCCCCUCUCCCCUCCCGCCUCACACGCCUCCACGCCCCCAGCAACCUGGGAAGAACAACAAACCUGGAACGCCAUGGAAGACGUCCUCACAUCCUCCUCCUUCUCUCACCCUAACCCCGCGCCCACAAUAGCAGUUCCCCGGCCCUCACAUUCCCACCCCGGGCAAGCCGAGAGUCAAUGGGGCCAGAGCCAGUACUAUACCCUCCCCCCGCCGACGAGCAAGGCGAAAUUGCAAGAUUGGGAGAUUGUCGAGACACUCGGGACGGGCACGUUCGGGAGGGUCCUGCUCGUCAGGCAAAGACCGAGCUACAGACCGACAGCGUACCACCCCAUCUUCCCCCAUCUCUACCAAUCGCACGACCCCCUUGCGCCGUCGCCCGCCGCCACACAGCACAGCGACGCCCAACUGCCCCACUUUGCCAUGAAAGUCCUCCGCAAAUCCGAGAUUGUCCGGCUGAAGCAGGUCGAGCACAUCAACUCUGAACGCAACAUCCUCGAGCGCGUGCGCCACCCUUUCAUCGUCGAGCUCCACGCGACGUACCAAGACCAGCUCAACGUCUACAUGCUGCUCUCAUACAUCCCCGGCGGCGAGCUCUUCUCCCACUUGAGAAGAGCGGGCAGGUUCUCAGCAGACGUGACCCGCUUCUACCUCGCAUCCAUCGUGCUCGCCAUCGACUAUCUCCACUCGAAAAACAUCAUCUACCGCGACCUCAAACCCGAAAACCUGCUCCUCGACCGGCACGGCUACCUCCGUAUCGCAGACUUUGGUUUCGCCAAAGUCGUCCAGGACCGUACAUUCACACUCUGCGGCACCCCCGAGUACCUCGCGCCUGAAAUCGUGCUUUCCCAGGGACACGGCAAAGCCGUCGACUGGUGGGCCUUGGGUAUCCUCGCAUUCGAGAUGCUCGCCGGCUACCCGCCCUUCUUCGACGACCACCCCCUCGGCAUCUAUGAAAAGAUCCUGUCCUCCCACAUCGCUUUUCCCUCCCACAUCGACCCCUAUGCAAAGGAUCUGAUUAGAGGGCUGUUGACGGCGGAUAGGAGCAAGAGGCUGGGGAAUCUGAGAGGGGGGGCGAGGGAUGUUAUGGGGCAUGCGUGGUUUUCGGGGGUGGAUUGGGCGAGUUUGGAGGGGAGGGGGAUUGGGGCGCCGAUUGUGCCGCGAGUAGUUUCUAUGGGCGACUCGCAAAAUUUCCAACGCUACCCCCCGCCACGACCGCAAGACCUCCCAGGCGUAUUCGGCCAGCCGUACGAUAUGGUCGCCGACCCUUAUGGGGAGCUGUUCCGCGGGUUCAGCUUUCCCAAUAAGAUGGGCUUGCAGUCGCAGUCGCAAUCGCGGGCGCAGUCGCAGUCUCAGGCGAGUUAUACUGGUGGUGGUGGUGGCUCCAGAGGGGGAGGAGGGGGAGGGGAACAAGGGGUAGUGGGAGGGGAGGGGUCGCGUUAGGUCAUGAUACCUCCGACGAGAGUGAAGGAAUGAAGAAGGGGGCAGUGGGGAGAUGGACUAUGUUUUACAAGAGGUUAUUACAAAUAUCUCGAUAGAUCCUUAUAUAUAUAUACGUAGCGUUCUUUGACUCGGCGGAAGGUGUGGGAGAGAGAAGAGAAGAGAAAAGACAGAUAGCUUGGUUUUUGGUUUACAAUAACAGUUGAGUAUUGCCGAUAUCGUUGUCAUAUAGUCCUCAUUUUCUGUGUUUUUUGGUUUCUUUGGGAGUAGGACCUUGUGAUUCUUCAUGCAUGCGUGGAGAUGAUCCGAUGGGUUCUAGUAUGAGGACUGAUAAGAG